AGUUAGCCGUCGCCGUCGGCAGUCGUCUCCUGCGUCUGGCAGCCGAGCGAGCCACCUGUCUGCCGCGUCGGUCUUUCGAGACUCCGAAAGCUUUUGAGACCCAGCCAUGUCCCGCACCGGAGGCACCCAGGGCCUGCCGUCCCGAGGCCCACCUCGAGGUCCACCCGCCGUCCCCCCGCCGCUGCCCGCCCACGCCCGCCAGCCCCAGAAAGGCCGCGCUCACCUUUAUGAUUCUGAUUCAGCACCCUCUGCUCCUCCUCUGGAGGCUAUGGAUCAAGUGUCUGGAUAUGAAAGUAUAUCAUUUGAUGCAGUAAACAUUCCUCCUCCACCUGGAAGCCAAACUUGUAAAACAGCAGCUGACAAAACUGAACAACCAUUACCUUUUGAUGAAGAAAGGGUGACUGAGAAACAAGCUCGUUCUGCCUUAAUGGCUUUUGCAAAGAAGCAUUUUUGUUAUGGAACAGCAGUGCCCAAAGAUAUGGCUGUGACACUGCUGAAGUAUUCUUCAGCAUUUCAUUAUGAAUUGGAAACUUUCACUGAAAAGAGGGAGACAUCUUGGACCUAUGCCCCAUACCAUGGAGGAGUAAUUGAUGGACCAGAAAAUGGAUCUGCUCCUUUGCCAUGGAGCAUUGAAGUAACACCUACCAAUCCCUUUGAAGAUGAAAUAAAAGUUGUGCAAGUGCCUCACACUGCUUCAGUGAAAACCUGUCAUCGUUGUCACGCUGCAGGAAAUUUGCCUUGUAAUGAAUGCAAUUCUAAAGGAUGGGUUCGUUGCAUCUCAUGCAAUGGGAGUUCAUACAACACUGAUGCAUCUGGAAAUAAAGAACGCUGCUUCUAUUGCUAUACUACAACAUAUGGUCGUGGGCGUCAAGACUGUUGCAAAUGUGACACAACUGGAAAAUUAAAUUGCCCUACAUGUGAUGGCACUGGCCAUCUUUUGUGCUACAUUCAGUUGACUGUUACUUGGAAAGUGAAUUCUUCAGAGCAUCUUGUAGAUUGUGAUGCUGUCCCAGAAGCUCUUAUUCGUGGUGCUUCAGGAAAAGUUGCAUUUGAUCAUGAAGGUGAAGCUAUUGCUCCAAUCAAGCACUUUCCAGAUGAAACUAUAAAUAUGGCAUCUGCACAGCUUCUUCAACAGCACAAAAGGAUGUUCAAAGAUCAACAUGUUUUAUCUCAGCGUCAUCAAGUUCGCAUUAUUCCAGUUACCACUGUGAGGUAUGAAUGGAAAUACCAUCGUGGCUUUUAUUAUAUAUAUGGUGAAGAGCACAAGGUAUUUUGUCCCGAUUACCCACAAAAGUGUUGCUGUGGUUGUUCUUUGAUGUAACUUGCCAGGGUGUGAUUCAAAUAUUCUAAAAAUAUGAAUUCAUAUUUUGAAGCUAAAUGGAAUUGUGCAGUGAGCAGUUUGAUACAUUUUUUUUGUUCAGUCAUAUUGUUUUUUAUAAAUUCAAGUUAUUUCUAAAAAUGAUCUGUUUACUCCUUAUUAAAUUCUUUUUUAAAUAAUUUCAUUGGUAUACAAUCAAAUUGCCUAAAUUUUGGAAUGACAACUCAAAAUCGUUGUAUUUUUUUAAGAAGAAAAACUGUAAAUAAUUUAAUUAGAUUCAAAGAUAUAAAAAAUAGUAUUCUUUAAACAUUUGAUGAGGAUCUGUUGAAUUUAAAUCUGUUGAACAAUCAUAAUAUUUCAAAAUAUCCAGUACAUUUAUAUGCAAAUUUAUAUGAUCUUCAUUGUUACAUAUUAAUAAACAUUUGCUGAAUCAUUACAACUAUAUAUGAAUGUUAAGCAAUUUUAGCUCCUCAAUUCUUUUCCAAAUUACAUAGGCAUUUUUGUAAUUAUUUAAUUUAUUCUUAAUGCAUCAUAUAAACUGGAGAGUUCUACAUAUAACUUGAAUUUUUCCUCUGAUGAGAGUGUCUUAAAUCAAAAUAUAAUUGUGAAUUAAAAAUCAAAUAUAAAAAGUUAUCAUUUAAUUUUGUUUUUUUAAUUUUAAUCUUUCAUUUCAUCUGGGGACUUGGUAGUAAAAAAAAAAAUUUUUAAUUCACUCACGAUUAUUUUGUAUCUUUGCUCGUAUUGCUCAAUUCCAUCCAUCAUUUAAGGUGCAGCUUUAAUAGACUCAAUAAAAGUACAAAAGAUGUUUCUGAAAGUUUUGUCAUAAUGUUGAUAUAUUUAACGUCAAAACAAAUAAUUUUAAUGUAAGCAGUGCCUUUUGACUUGUUGAAAUAAUAGAGUAUCAAAAUGAAUCAUGAUUGUUUUUAAGUGGCGAGAAGGACGUGAACAAAUAUUAUUUGUUGUAUUGCAUAGUGGUGCUGUAGUACGCCAAUUAUUGUCAUUGAACACUGGCAGUCUAGAAGUUUGAUAAUACCUAGAAUGACAAAAUUAGUUCAAUGUAAUAUAUUAAUUAAAUGGAAAAAAAUUAGAGAUAUAAUCACUGUAUAAGGUUAUAUUGAUUGAUAUAUAAAAAUGCUUAUAAUGUUUGUUACAAAAGUAAGAAAUAUUCCCUGGUGUUAUGAAUGUUUUUGUUAUAUCUGGUCUGUUUAUAUCAUGGUAAGUUGAGGAAAAAUUUUCUCAGGGCAGAACAAUGUCAAACUGCUCAUUACCAGGAGGACAGUAUUGAAUAAGCUGGGAUGGAUAAUGAGAACAUGAAAAGAAAAGGAAUUGGGAGAGGUACAAACAACAUAAUUUAGUGUUUCUUUUUGAUUUCAUAUAAGUGAUAAAUCAGCUUUCAAUUCCUGAUGCAUUUCAAUAAAUGUAACUGAAAAUACUAGUUACAUUUAAAUUUUAAAUAAUUAAAAAACAUAUGUGAUUACAUUUGGAAAGAAAAUUGUUAUAAAACUUCCAAUUAAUGUGCAAUAUGAAGAACAAAAGACUAAAAAUAUUUUAUUCUUUGGCCAAUACCUAUUAAUGUGGUGCUUUAUUCAUUUUGAUGCAACACUGUAUGAAGACAUGAAAUGAAAACUCUUAGUCUUGUAUUAUCAUUUAUUUUAUAUUUUUAAUUUUUUUAAUGAAAAUUUAGAAGUUUUGAGACGUGUUUGUGCUGAAACAAAUGUAAAUGCAAAUAGCUAUAAUUUUGUGAUAUUCUGAAGGAAAAUUAAGAGAUUUAAUUUGUGAAAGAAUGAUGAUUAAAUUGGAUUUCUUUGUUUGAAAUAUAUCCAAAUUUAAGUUUUCAUAUAAAUGAAAACAUUUGCAAUGCCUACAUUUAUCUUUGAUGAGGCUCUCCCAAUUUGAAAGCUGAUCAUCCUUAUUAUCAGUUAAUUUUGCAUUGAAUUUUUGUAUGCAUUAGAUAUCAUAUUAGAUAAAUGGUAAUAUCUUUUUGAGUGAGGGUGAUCUGUAGUUGUAGACUUGCAUAUAUCUCUUAGAAUUGUUAUGAAGACUUUGAAAUUGCUUUUGGGUUUUUCACUUUUUUGCCAUACAAAAUAAUAUCAGUACCAAAUGAUAUAAUGAUAACAAUAUACCCGUGCCAUAUUUGUUAGGUAUAUUUUAUAGUUAUGUUGAGUUUUUUUCUUUGCCUUUUGAGACAUUUUAAGUACAAGGCAGGUUCUAACACUAAGAAGUAUGUUGAAUUGCUACUUCAUUUAUAUGUGCCAUUCUAUAGAAUCCUGGUUCACAUUCCCUCCAAAAGCAUUUUCUGAAGAGUGUCUUGUAUAAAUUCUUAUAUUUGACACCUUCUAAAUUGCAUUUACUUAUGCUUAAAGUCUUACUUAGAGUAGUCAUUUCACUUUCCUAUUUUUGUUCUAUGCUAAAAAUACUUUCUGUUCUACAGUUGAUAUUAAGUGUAUUGGAAUGGGAAAGAUGAAAAAAUAUAGAAACAAAAAUAAAAAUUACAAAAGCAAAAACACUCAAAAACAAAAUAGGAAAAAAAUACUCUUGCUGUUUCUAGUUAUAUUGUAAAUGGCAGCUCAUAUCUUACUCAUUUCAGAAUUUUCAGUGCUGGCUCCCAAGAGGAGUCAGGAAUUUCUGUUCUAACUUAUGGUUCAAAUAUGUACUAACACCAAUACCUACACUUGUGAAUCUUAUAUUUAAAAAUUUCUUCAAGGUGUGUGGGCCAAAAUCUAGAAGAAUAAGAAAAAUUAUUACAUCACAUGGAGAAAUUGUCUCUAUUCCAAUGUGUUUCAAAAUGUUAAAUUUACUUUAAUUAGAAUCUACGUUCAUUGUGAAGUUAAAUUGGUUGCAAGAUGUUAAUUGAAAUAAUUUGUGUUCAGAAAUUAAUAUUCCAGAAAUUUUAUGGUAAAAAUUAACUCAGAAAGGGAAAAAAUAAUAAUUUAUAGCAUUCUACAAAUUGUGUGUAUUGGUGAUCUAUGUGCUCGAGGCUUGAAUUGGUGCAGGUGGUCAGUUGAACCACAGUAUAGGUAGAUAGUGUUUUUCUUUUAUGUUAUUCAUUUACUUUAUAUUCAGUUAUGUAUAAUCAUCUAGGCAGCAAACUCAGCUCCUAGAUAAUUCCAACUUGUGUUUAAAUUUAGGAAAUUAAUGAUAAUUGUGUUAAUGUAUUUGUAUGUAUGUGUGUGCAUAAAUAUAUUUUCCUGAAUUUUCAACUUACAUUUUGGAUAGCAAUUUUUAUCUUGCAAAACUGUCUUGAUCUAAACUUUUAUUAGUCUUAUUUUUCAUUUCACAUCUAAUAUUUGUGCAUUUGUUGAUAUCUACAUCUGAAAUUGAUGUCAACUCUGAAAAACUGGCUUGUUGCUUUUCCAAAAUUUAGUUUCUUUGGUAUUUUGUAUAUCAUUAAAAUCUAAAAUUUGAGAAUUGUAAAUAUAACAUCUAAAAUGCUAUUGAUGUAUUGUUUUUUUAAAAAUCUUGUUAAAAGCAAUCUAAUAUUAGUAUUUAUUAACA